GCCUCAGCCUGGGUGGGAUUCGUCAGCGAGUGAUUUUGGCUCGCGAAAGCACCACCAUCACCACCAAUUAGCAAAGCAGCAUGCAAGUCGAGAACGGAAAGGGCGGAAAGCCCGCUGCUGGAUCGGUGCCAUCUGGCGUUGCGCUGCUGUCGCAGCCAUUGGAGCUGCCCUGUGGGCGCGUGGCGCCGAACCGGCUCGUCAAGGCGCCAAUGGAGGAAAUGAUGGGCCACUUUGGUGGCUCAGCACCGACGGAGCGGAUCUUGCGGCUGUACCGGCACUGGGCCAAAUCGCAGUGGGGCAUCAUCAUCACGGGGAACGUCUGCGUCGACUCGACCCAUCUCGGCCUUCCCUUCGAUAUGGCCCUGCCUGAGCCUCCCUUUCUCGAGAAUGAAGAUCUGGUCAAGAGGUUCAAGGCCUAUGCAAAGGUCUGCAAGGGCAUCGAGGGCGAAAGUAGCACCUCAACGGGCAACAAGCCCCUCGCCAUCGUCCAGCUCGUUCACGCCGGUCGCCAGUCGCUGCGCGGCUCGGGCCGAGCACCCUGGAAGCCAUCACUGGCCCCUUCGGCCAUUCCCAUGAAGACGGCAAAGGACCUGGGCGUCGUGGGAAAGCCGCUCGACUGGCUGCUCUGGGGCGUGCCCUCGGCCAUGACGGUUGACCAGAUCCAUUGGCUCAUCCAGCGCUUUGCUGAUGCCUCGCAGCUCAUGGCGGCCGCGGGCUUUGAUGGUGUUGAGCUGCACGCCUCGCACGGUUACCAGCUUGCCGCCUUUCUCUCGCCUCGGACCAACACGCGAACGGACGCCUACGGGGGCAGCUCUCGCAACCGUGCCCGGCUUCUCCUCGAGAUGGUCGAGGCCGUCCGCGCAAAGGUGCCCCGCGACUUUGCCGUGGGCGUCAAGCUCAACUCGAGCGACUACAUCCAGGGCGGCCUCACCGAGGAGGACGCGCUGGAGAAUGUAAAGUGGCUCGCCGAGACGGGCAUGUGCGACUUUGUCGAGGUCAGUGGCGGCAACUACGAGAACCCGUCGUUCCUCACCGACGGCUUCGACGCCGACGCAGAGACGGCCAAGCUCAAGGGACAGAAGCAGGAGCAGGCGUCAAUCGAGAACAAGGCCUCGGUCAAGGUCAGCGACCGGACGCGAAAGAGGGAGGCGCUCUUUGCGACAUUUGCCAAGCGUGCCCGGGGGGUGCUGCCCCAAGGCAGCGGCAUGAAGAUCAUCGUCACGGGCGGCCUGCGCACGCGCGGCGGCAUGGCCUCUGCCCUCGAGACGGGUGCCAUCGAUGGCGUGGGCAUCGGCCGGCCCGCCUGCGUGCAUCCAGACCUGCCAGACUACAUCCUCAACGCCAGCGUGGCCGACUCGGACGAGGCGCACGCGAGCCCGCCCGCAUACACGGUGCCCGGUGCCGGUGUCCUGGGCCUGCUCCCCAUCAAGAUCCUCGGCGCUGGCUGGCAGACGCUGUGGCACAACGGCAUGCUCGCCUACCUCGGCCAGGACGAAGCGGCCAAGCCAGACACGAGCGCCGGCCCACUCCGGGUCCUCCUCGCCAUCUUUGUGCCGUCGCUCUUUGCGACGCGGAGUGGCGCUGGUGCUGCGGGCGUCUUUGCCGUCUUGGGCAGCCUCGUCGCUGCCGCCGUUGGCUCGGUCCUGUUCCUGGUCAUGAAGUAAAUGCUCUUGAUUUCUUUCGAUGUGGCCUAGAUGUAUUCCCAAGAUGUGUUCCCAAGAUGUUCUAUUCUAAUCUUCCUGUGCUGCGAGAAGGGCACUGCUGCGGUGAUCAGUGACAAGUGCAGCGACACUCGUACGGGAUCACAUUGAAAGUUCUUCACGAUUACGAUAAUGAAAUC